ACCGGCGAGUUUCCGCGAACCCGCCCGCGCCACAUUCCAGAAGCAAAGAACUCCGGUCCACAUUCAACCGCGACGCGCAUUGAAUCUCCCCACAAAAACCUCACGGAAACCCAAUCAGCGAACAACACAACAAUGGAUUCUUCUUCUUCCAUCUACUGCUGCACGGAAUGCGGCACCGACCUCAAUCUCAACCCCGCCUACGCCUUCCCACCGGACUUCUACUUUGAAGCCGGAAACAAACACUCCGUCUCCUUCUCCGCCGUCGAUUCCACCAAGUUCACCUUCGAGAAAGAGGACAAAAUUCGUCCCUUCUUCGAAACCCUCAACUAUUGGGGGAUUCAGCGGAAGAGGACCAAGAUCAAGUGCUGCAACUGUCGCCGCCUCGUUGGUCACAUCUACGACGAUGGUCCUCCUCUUACGGAUAGUCCUGGUCAGUUUCACAUGGGUCCUAGCCAAGUUAUCCCCAGAAACCCUAGAUACAGGUUCAAGACCAAAGCCCUUCGUAUCACAUCACCUACUUCAAAAGCUGCAUAGUACACUACCUCUCUUUAACUGGGUUUUGCUUUUAUGUGUGCAAUUUUUUUUAUUCAAUGUAUAUUUUAUCCUCUAUGUUGAUAUAUAUGAUAGUUUGUGUAAAAUUUCACAGUUUUCUUGGAAUAAAGUGGCUUCUUUUGGUUUAA